AUGACUUUGGAACUAAAUCCAAGUACCGAUCUCGUUUUUAAAGGACCAUUUAAUAAUGUGUCGACAACCAUGUUGAAACUUUCAAACUCAGGCCAUGAACGAUUGGCAUAUAAAAUUAAAACAACAGCACCGAAACGAUAUUGUGUUAAGCCAAAUAGUGGCUUUCUAGAUCCAUCUGCCAGCACAAAUAUUCAAGUUAUGCUACAACCUCAAUCGGCUGGUGGACAACAUGACGAACGUGCGAAACAUAAAUUUAUGGUUCAAUGGGUUGCUGUACCGCCUACAUGGACGGACGAUGUUGACAAUUUUUGGAAACAAGAUGUACCAAAAUUAAAUGUUCAAGAUUCAAAAUUGAAAUGUGUCUUUGCUGAUGAUCAAAGUGUUGCUGACAGAAACGUACCAAACGAUUCGUUUCGACAUCCUGAUGGCGAUGUUAGUGGCUCCACUUAUGGCGAUAAAGUUUUGAAUACUCAGUCACAAAUUGAAAAUCAUGUGAUCGAUAAGACGUAUCAUAAUGCUAAUCAUACAGAAGCAACAUCGACAAAUCAACGAUCAACAACUCCAUUUCAACAACAACAAACAUUAUCUGCAACAACACAUCGAGAUCGACAGGAUGGUGGAGACGAAUCGAAUAAACAACGUCUUAAACAAGAAUUAGAUCGUUUAAAGGAAGAAAAUGAAAACUUGAAAGAAAAAAUGAAUGUUCGAUCACGUAAGAAUUUUGCUGGUGAUGGUAUGAAUCAAGUUGAUAAUUCUACAUUACACGGUCACAAUCAACAACAACAAAAACUGAUAACAUUAUUCGGUAUAAAUUUAUCAGAAAGAAUGAUAAUUAUUGCAUUUAUUAUUGCAUUAAUAGUUGGUUUCUCGCUUGGAAAUAUUACAAUGAUUCUAAAGAAGAACUCUGAUUUAUUCAGCACCAAUGUGAUUGAAUUUGGAAAUGAAACCGUUCCCGUGGAUCGAGAUAUUUUUUAUGAUGGAUAUGUUGAAGGUCAAAGAAACUCAUCGUAUGUGUGUGGUGCAUUUUAUUCUAGCUGGUUUGAUGGUUUGAUCAAGUAUUCUAAUUCCACCACAUAUUAUAUUGAACCGAGUUUAAAAUAUAAUUCAUCUAUCCAAGGUGUCUCAAUAAUAUACGAUACAAAAGAUGUAACAAAAUUAGAUAAAAAUUUAAUGCGUAUCAAGAAUCUGGCCACUGGUAAAAUAAAAAAAACUAUACUUGAAUUAUUAAACAACACUUAUACUAACAUGAGCAGAAGAAAACGACAAUUAAAUAAUCCUUGCUGUUCAAUGUUCAUUCGUACUGACAAAACAUUAUGGGAUCAAUAUUACAGUGAUGUGGGAUUACGAAAAUUUUGGAGACGGCACGAUGACAAUUUGUGUCCAGGAGACCAAGAUGGAAAUUAUAUCAUGUUUGCACACGCCGUCGAUGGACUUGCAAAGAAUAAUAAUAAAUUUAGUCGAUGCUCCUUACACAACAUGAGUAGGACUAUUGUAUCCAUUACAUUAGGUCUAUCACAGACAAAAAAAUCCUGUUUUUUAGCUUGUGAUAAAAUCGCAUUUUGUGGUAAUGGAAUAGUUGAUGGUAACGAGGAAUGUGACUGUGGUUAUCCAGAUGAAUGUACUGAACAAUGCUGCUAUCCGGCAGAAACAAUUAUAAAUGGAUAUCAGAUGGGAUGUAAACGUAAACCUGGCGCUAUUUGUAGGAAUGCAGCCGAAGUAUUUGUGCUCUCAAGGGCUUAUCGCAGUGUCAAAUAG